CUUCCCUUCUAACAGAAACAUCCUCAGACUUCGACGGGCAGGACUUGUUAACUAUCCCCUCCCCUUUAACAUUUUCAAACAAAACUUGAACUCCAUCGUCUAGUUUCGAUGCGAACACCUCUUGGACUCUAUUUGCUAUAAACAAUUCCCUGAUCCCCGGUCAGUUCUCUCCUGUAGGAUAAGCAAUACGAUCUGCUCCCCAACUCCAUUCUCUAUUUUUGUGCUUCCUUGUGCUGCCAAGCCCCUGACGUAAUGCUCCGUGUUAAUUAUUAGCAUGUGGGAAGCGAUGCCGAGACUCUCCUCUGCUGCUUAAACAAGAGCGACUGACUGUGGGGAGAAAAACCUCGUCAAGAUGGCCAAACACACUGACCCCGAGUGAAGGGGCACCGCUCCCCGUCCCGUCCCGUCCUGCCACCAGCACCAAUGCAACUGCGCCUUUAGAAAGAAGAUGUUCUCUGUGGAUAAUGCCAUCAAGACUAAAGCUGGACUGUCACUGUCUGCAGGAGGAAAGCUGAGGAGCGUUUUGUAAGCCCCAAGUGGCCAGAGGUUUGGAGAGAAUACCAUCUUAAAAGCUUCAAACAGGGAUUCCCUCCUAACUCUGAAACCCAAGAACAAAGAUGCAAUACUUUGGUACCCACUAGCAAAUAACAUCUCAAAGGGCUGUUUUCUGUCAAAACUCAAGUGAAGGUGCAAGCAUUUUUGGAUACAUCUGCGUGGUGGUUCUCUAUUGAGCUGCAAAGCAUUGUCACCGGGUUGUGGCCAUCUCAAUCUCUCCCUCUCAAAGAACCCAAUCGCCAAGUCUUGGUACCGUGAGCCUGCCCACCAGAUCAUGAUGUUUCGUGACCAGGUGGGAGUCCUCGCCGGCUGGUUUAAGGGAUGGAACGAGUGCGAACAGACGGUGGCGUUAUUGUCGCUCCUCAAGCGGGUCAGUCGGACCCAAGCACGAUUCCUUCAGCUCUGUCUGGAGCAUUCCUUGGCUGACUGCACCGAGCUGCAUGUUCUGGAAAGGGAGGCCAAUAAUCCAGUGUUGAUCAGUCAGUGGCAGAGUGAGUCGAAAGAACGGGUCAUCUCUCUGGUUCUGACUCACCUGCCUCUGCUUAAACCAGGCAACGUCGAGGCCAAAGUGGAGUACAUGAGUCUUCUGCCGAAGAUCUUGGGCCACACCAUCGAACUUGGCCGGCACUUAGAAGAAAGCAGGCAGCUUCUGUCCUACGCCCUAAUCCACCCCGCAACCUCCCUCGAGGACCGCGGGAACCUCGCCCUCUGGCUCAACCAUCUGGAGGAGCGGGCGGCUGCCCGAGGAGCCGGAGAUUCCCUUGAGCGUGCACCUUCAUCUCAUCACGGGCAGCCUCCACACCUCUAUCCCCACCACCAACGCUAUGGGUCGGAUGACCGUCUCAACGGUUGGCAGGGCUCGAGGGACUCUGGGCUGGGAAGUUGGCAGCAGCAGCAACAGGGCUGCGAAAACGGGCACCUCUCACUGUACCCAUCAUCUUCCGUGCCCUCUACUAUCAACGCUGUAGGUACAGGCAGUGGGACCAACACAAUCCUGUCGGGUGGGCAGCACAGUCCUCUGAGGCGUUCAGUGUCUCUGACCCCUCCGAUGAGUGGCGGAUCUAACCAGCCUCUGGGGCACGAAUGGCUGUCCCAGGAGGACCUGCGUCCCCGCGGGCCGGCCCCCGACCACGCCCCCAUCUCUCCUCAGAGCAGCGUGGCGUCCUCGGGCAGCGGAGGCAGCGAGCACCUGGAGGAACACGCUGCUGUCCGAAGUACAUUCCAUGAGGAGGGCAGCGGGAUGAGGGAUGUGCCGUCAUGGCUGAAGAGUCUCCGUCUCCAUAAGUACGCUGGGCUCUUCUCCACCUUGACCUAUGAUGAGAUGAUGUCACUGACGGAGCAGCAGUUGGAAGCUCAGCAAGUCACCAAAGGAGCACGGCACAAGAUCAUCAUCAGUAUUCAGAAGCUGAAAGACAGACAAAACAUGCUACGCUGUUUGGAGAAGGAUAUUUUGGAGGGAGGGAAUCUACGUGCUCCUUUGCAGGAGCUCCACCAGAUCAUCCAGACACCCAUUAAAGCCUGCAGCACAGAGGAGUCUUCACAGCGCCACCUGCUGAGCGCUGAGGGGAAGAGCAGCAUCGCCACUUCCCACCUGGGCGGAGGAGAGGCGGAGGGCAGCUCCACAGUCAUAACUGAGGGAGACAUCCCCGCUCAGUUCACUCGCGUCAUGGGCAAAGUUUGCACACAGCUCCUUGUCUCCGGGUCAGAUGAGGAGAACAUUAGUUCCUACCUACAGCUUAUUGAUAAGUGCCUUAUCCAUGAGGCCUUCACAGAGACACAGAAGAAGAGGUUGUUGUCAUGGAAACAGCAGGUGCAGGUACAGUUCCGGUCGAUUUCGAGGAAAACUCUCCUUGACCUAACAGGACAGAGAAGAAGCAGUCGUUACGGUCAGUCUAACUCCCUUCCAACCACGGGCUGCGUAGGCAGCAACGUUCCCACCCGGAGAAACCUGCGGCAGUAUCAGAUGCGGAGUUUGCCUGGUGUAAGACCCAUCCUUUUGGGUACCACCGGCCUGUUCGGACCAACCCCCCGAAGCAGUAGCAGCACUCCUACCGGCCUGAAGCAGGGAAGACAGGGUUUGUGGUUUGCCAAUCCAGGGGGCAGUAACAGCAUGCCCAGCCGUACCCACAGCUCAGUUCAGAGGACCCGAUCGCUACCCGUCCACACCAACCCACACACCAUGGCUAUGUUCCAGCAAACAGAUUUACAGGUGCCUGUGACUGAGCCUGACAUCAAUAACCGUUUGGAGUCUCUGUGUCUCAGCAUGACUGAACACGCUCUGGGAGAUGGCGUUGAUCGAACUUCAACUAUCUGAGAGAAGAAAAGGGGGCGCACAGGAGACACAUGCCUUGCAGCAGGGGGGAAGGUCAACACGAGGUCACAAACUGCUCUGCCUAUAACCCCGCCCCCUCCACCUGCUCCCCCACCAACGCCAAAUAGCCAAUAAGAGAAGUGGGGCGUGGUCUACACAGUGCCAUAUUUUCUGAAAGGCUUAACACAAGCAAGUUCUGUCACUAUGACUACUUCAGCGUGUUUACAUUCGAGUUUGGGAGAAAAUCACAUCUUCAGCACUUUGAAUGCCACAAAGGGUCUACGCAUCGACGGGCCAUUAGAGGGGGUCUGUAACGCAGCGGAGACAACCUUAAAGCGUUCAGGUUGCUGUCUGGGACGUCACAAAAUCAAAA